AUGGCCUUAAAAAUGAUCCUUAUUCAUUCCAAGAGCAAGCCAAAAUUGCUAACUUGUAAUGUGCCAUAUAUGAACUAUUCAAAACCAGCAAUUUAUCUUUGGUUUGGCAAUGAAGCAUCCUGCAAAAAACGAGAAGAUUAUUUGGAAUGGCCUGAAUAUUUUAUGGCAGUAGCUUUUUUGUCAGCACAAAGAAGCAAGGAUCCAAGUUCUCAGGUUGGUGCCUGCAUUGUAAAUUCAGAAAACAAGAUUGUUGGAAUUGGAUACAAUGGGAUGCCUAAUGGCUGCAGCGAUGAUGUACUACCCUGGACAAGAACAGCAGCACAUAGAUUGGACACAAAAUACCCUUAUG